UUUUGCAGCACCGGCGGCAAAAAACAGGUCAUAGUUUUGUCGCUUCCUGGCGAGGAUGAGGAGUAUUAUCGCCCCUACUUUUGGGAUAUUGCCAACUUUGCCUUUGAAAUGGAUCUCAGAACUAAAGGCAGAGAUCACCUGUUUAUCGUCCACGAUGAAACAGGCCGGAAAUACUUCCAGAACCGCACGUUUACCCACGCUCAUUUCAUUGAAAUGGCAAAGCCGUCUAUGGACGCGUGGAUGAGAGAUUUUCCCCCCGCCAUGCCAAACCAACAGGUCAAGUUUACGUAUAAACCACAGUACCUUACGGCUGAGCAGGCCAAAUUUGAUGAAGAAAGGUUUAAGAGGUUUGCGACCCUGGUGGGCUUGCCUUCGCUGAAGCACAGCAACAUUAUUCUUGAAGGAGGGAACAUUGUGGAAAAUGGAGACGAAAUAGCCAUAACCACUGAGAGAGCGUACCAUGAUAAUCCAAAUAUAUCUCACCAGGAACUCGUCAAGACGUUGGAAGCUGCUAUCAACAGAAAAGUUGUGGUUAUUCCAGACCCAGGAGAUGCAACUGGACACGUUGACGGCGUCGCCUCAUUCGUAGAGAAAAAUACUGUGUUAGUUGGGUUAGUAGAGAACCACCCCAAUGGAAAAGCUAUACACGAUAACUCGAUAAACGCUAUUCUUAAAGUCUUUCCAAAUCUCACUGUUGUGACUCUCCCGUCCUAUUGGGUAAACACCACUACCUGGGAUGGUUUUACAAGUGCUGAAGGUUGCUAUGCCAACUCUUUAGUGACCUACAAUGCCGUUUACCUACCUUUCUUUUCCAAUCAGACGGGUAACGAAAGAGCAUUUGCUGUCUUCAAGAAUAGUACCACCAAAGAAGUCAUCCCUGUGUAUAACACCGGCACAGUACCCGUACUCGGAGGAAGCCUUCGUUGCAUGACGUGGCAGAUUGACGAGAAUCACCCUGUGGCUCAAGCAUUGUUUGAAUACGUGAAAAAGAAUACGUCCCCUAGUGGAUCGGCUUCAGUGGUCACUGCACAGAUUGCGUGGAUCGCAGCCUUUGUGCUGAUAGCUUUUGCUUUGGCUUCUUCCCAUUAACUUUGUUUGAGCUAGCUGUCUCAUGUUUAGAUACCUUAUUGUAAGUCAUUGCAAUAGUUCUUGCAUUACUUCUUUGAUAAACGGGUUAUACACCCGGGGGUACUGUAGGAAUUUUUGGGUGGGGAUUUUCCUCUUAGACCCUGGAACCCUAAGCCUAUGCCAGGGCUAGUUCAGCGGAAUUUUGCUACCCUAUACUAGACUAACCUCUCCAAAUCCCCCCCCCCCCUUCCUAGAGUAGCUUUUAGGCUGAGUUGCGCAAAUUUAAACUUGCCAAUUGUAGUGGCAAUUCCCGGUUUAGUCUAGACUAAAAUCUUUAACCAAUUGAUCAGUUUCCUGGAAAAUGAUACCCUCUUCUAGACCCAUACUCCCUGAUUAAUAUACCCUGUCCCAGACUAAAUUUCUUGAAAACAAUACCCAUAGCCCUUAUAUGGCAGUACCCCCCUUCCCCCACCCAGUGGGGUUAUAUGGUAAAAAAGACUGAAGAGACUAAGGCUACGUUCACGUGGCAUCGUGCGAAUUUUCAAUAGACCGCUUGUAACUUCGUAAGUUUAGGUGUUCUGUUCAAGCGGAACCACCUUAACUGUACACACAUGUAGACAAGGGUCUGAAUGAGAAUUGGUGUUUAGUGUUAUUUGCCCGUAAUAUUGAGUGUUUGCUAUUAAAUUGGUCAGUUUUUUAAUGUUUACUGUUUCCGAAGAAAAUACCGUUAAGUGAUUGGAGGGUUCUUCGGACAUCUUCGGCAAUGGUCGGACCUCUUCGUUAGUCUUGGAAAAUCUUCGACAGUCUUCGGGAAUCGUCGGUAGCCGUCGGAAAUCUUCUAAAACCAUCUGGAAUUGUCGUAAAAUGGCCAAAAACUCCUCCUCAAAAAAUGAAGUGUUUAGUGUUAUCGAGGUACCCCCAUUCAGACCCUCUUAGACGCCUACCCGAAAAGCUCCGUGUGUCAGACAGAGCGAAAAUAUCGAAAGGUUCUGUGUGAACGAAGUGUCCGGUCAAAUGUGUUAACAGGUCGAAAAUUGAUCCGUUGCCCUGUGGACGUGGCCUUAGUCUUUCCCAUCUUUUUUCCUUAUAACCAGUUUUAUCGUGAAGUAACGGUUUAUAGUUUCCAUGCCCUCGGUUGAUUUUUGAGAAACUCGUAACAAAAAGACACGUAAAUCAAAAUAUAAUAAGAGUGUGAUAUACAAUAUUAUGAAAAAGAAAUCAGGUCAAAUAAAAAUUUUGUUUGUUAACUGUUUCAGCACUGUCUGACACUGUUUCCAACAGUUUAAUUGCAUGUACUUCCUUAUUCGUUUUCCUCUUGAAUAUUUUUGCCAGGGUUGAGGGUAGAGUGGACCCCUAAUACAGAAGUAACCCUCAUAUAAAUAAAGAAAAUUUGGAAUACGACAAAAAUUCCCCUCUACUGUGGCAAAAUAUAUAACACAAGACGCUUACAUUACGAACCCCUAAGUCCCUUGGCACCUUGUUGCAUCGGGUUUCCACUGUGAUGUUGUUGAUGUUUUUCCCAACCUUUGGCUCCACCCUUUGGUUUGAUUUCUUUCAACUUUGCAUGCCAAUAACCCACGUUGUUUGUUCCUCGCAAAGCGAAGGCCUCAAGGCCUUUGCCUACCGAGGUUUAAUAAAAUUUGUCCGAAUUCGCGUCGCUCUCCUAGAUCGUUUAAAUGUCUUUCACGUCCCAAUCUCAUAAUUUCAUCAGUGCUAAAAAUAAAGGAUAUACAAAUUCCGGGUUUUCUCUUAGCUAGGGCAAAGUUUUGUUGGCUGAGAUGUGGUUUAAUUGUCUGACCCUGAACUGGCCCUUGUGAGGUUCCUGAGGUCAGUUAAGUCGGUUCUGCUCAAUACAUCUCAUGCACAUUGCCGACAAAGGGAAUUUUUCAUUAAAAUAUUCGAUCACUAGCAAUGCACUUCUUGAGUGUUCAAUGUACUGUCCAGAUCAUAGCAGAUAUAAGGCUAGGAGAGUGAUUUAAUUAUUAUUUCCCUCUCUCUUAUUCAAGAGUUACAUUGCUAAGUGCCCUAAUAAAUGGAAACGUGAGCGAAAUAAAAAAGGCCAAAAUUUGUUAAGAUAACAGGAUGGAAUAUUGUUUAUCCUACAAGAGUUGGAAAAUAGAAAAAGGGCAAUUUGUUUGCCAAAUGGCCGAAAUCAAUUAACUGAGGCAAAAUCCACGUGGCCGAGUUGUUAAAUGAACUUUGCCUGAUGAGAGGUGAUAAGUUAACAGUCAGGACGUUUGAUUGCGAUCUUUCAUGUCCCUUAACGACUUACAUUACACAAGCCAAACUGACCUACAAAAUCCCAAUGCGAUUUUCUUGUUGUAAAGAUCUGAAUUCCCUUCAGUGGGUGUGUUAGGGAAAGAAACGACAUUUUUUUCCCCGUGUUUUCAUGCGAUUACCUAAACUAUUUUUGUGAGCUCACCUUUCAGUGUCCCAAAAUCGUAGCAGUUUUAAAAGGGUCGUUCUGGUUGAGUUUUUGUUGUAAAAGAGACUGGAAUUUGUGAGCGGCCUUUCUGGCCUUUGUCCAUUAAUUGUUUACAUAAAAUUCCAAUUUUCAGUCACCUUCAAAUCUUAAUUUUUCCCUUCCACAUAUUUUGUAAACAUGCCUUCCUCAAUUUUUUGCUUCAUUGAAAACGUUCUGAAAAUUUUUAGUUGUUCCAUUCAUUAGGCCAAGCAAGGACGUCAAAUAAAUGGAGGCAUUAAAAGGGGAAAAAAGUCGGCGAGAUUUAACAGGAGGAUUUUUUUAAAUUUCUUAGGACAAGCUUUUUUGGCCCUUAGAAACAUACCUCCCUUAAUGACCUUUGACUACAUUUGUCUUUUUCCCCUUGACUAUUGUCACGUCACCUCUCGCACAUUUACCCUAACUUAUAAUGACCAACAGCAUUUUACGAAAAGUACCCGAGGUGUGGUACUCAAAAACUAAAUGGUUCGGUAAAAUGAGCAAAACAUUAAUCGCAAAAUUAUGAAGCGGCCGCUCAGGUUAGCCGGCUAUUAAUGCCGGGGUAGUGUUGAACCAUGAAAGAAUUUCGCCAGAAGGAAAGCGAUAAAGGAAAAUUAAUGACACAUACCACGUAUGGAGUAAAUAAGAUAUGGAACAAGGCAGAAGCCGCCUUUCCGAAGUGUUUUCUAAUUGCCUUCGGCGUAUGAAAUGUUCGGUGAUUGAAAGUGUGUUAGCAUAAGUUGCUUACAAUUUUCUUGUUGGUUAAUUAUUUUACAAGUAUGUUGAAAAUAAACCCGUAAUAUUAUUUCCGCUUAAAUCUUAUACGAACGCCUUUUUGUUUUGGUUGUUCUUUUCAUCAUUUUUUUUUCCUUUUUUGCGAUUCAUGAACGACUGAAAAUGGCUUCCUUGUUAUUUUGGGGAAAAGAUUCUCGAAAUAUUCUCUCGUGACAUUUCGCCAAAGAAACUGUUCUCAGAUAUGUUUAAAGAGGUAAUGUCACGCGAAUAUUGGUCAAUUUUGUGCUAGUUUUUUAACAGGAUAGUAAAUACCGUGAGUCAGGACAUCUUCGUAAACCCGUCCCGUGCUCAUAAGAUUAUUCUUCAAAUAUUUCUACGCGCCUGUUUAAAUAACACUUAAACAUCUUAAACCCUAGUUGUUUUGUCCUUUCCUGGAGUCUCUAAUUUUUUAUAUUUCUAAAACGUGGGUUUGCUGGUGAAAUAUUGUUAAUCCCGGCCGGUUCAGAUCAGGGCUGGGAGCCGUAAAAUUAAACCCUUCCAAGGAACCGGAAGAUUUCAGAGCUUGUUUAACCUCACCCCUGAAAAGUUGUAAUGGUUAGGUUUAUCUUAAACAAAUAUCAUUAUGUACUAGAAACCGUUUCUAAGCCGUUGGGAAAACCAAGCACUACUGAACUAUUUUUGGAAAACAAAAACAUCAACAUGGCAACGAAAUGAAACAUCUAAAAGUAAUAGUCACACUCCACAACUCUAUGCAGUAUUGCCAGUACUUAUGCAUACACACAGCCAUAUCACUCGGGCAGAAAAAAUGGCACGAAAAACUUCGAAAGAAAUGUGAGAUUGGCUUUUGUGAUCAAUUAUUAAAACUACAACAAUUACGAACACUUUCUACUAGCGACAAAAUAUCGUGGAAAAAUACGUGCUCGGUGGUGUUCAGAUUAAAGUAGUAUAAGAAGAAGAAUAUUUCAUAGGUAACAAUAAUUAGCAGGUUAGCGAAAUGGAACCUUUUAACAUUGAGAAACAAGAUAAACAGAAACCAAUAGAAAGACGUGUGUUUGCCUAAUUCACAGCACUUUCAUGAUGAAAAACAACAAAAACUUACGCGGCUGACUGAGUAGUUGUUAAGGGGACUGACCCGGCCCGUUUCAAGGCUUCGCUGAGUUGACUAACCUUUAACGCACACCUCCGUUCCUUAAACAGGGGACUUUGAGUUGAUUAUUUCAUUCUGUGUCUUUUUAGAGAGAGUUGACAGUUUUGGGCAUAAGUGUGGUUUUUAUGCCUUAGCGACUCUUCUACUCCUAGACUACUUUAAGGGGAGAUAAUUUGUCACCUCUAUAACACUUUUGAAUCGGUGGACAAAUCCGAAGGUGAUGCCUCUCAAAUGAAACCUUAAGGCAGAAAUUUGUAUCGUACUAUUUCUUUAUUAAGAUUUUACUAAAAGGAACUAUGCUUUGUGCGAAUUUUUUCUUCGGACAUAAAAUAGAGUGAACUAGCUAGACCAAAUCUGAUUCAGCCUCUCCUGGAGCCAUUUGAACACAAUUAAAGCCAAAAGAAGCCUAUUCCAGCCAACGCUAAGCCCUAGUCCUAGGUAAUUGGACUGUGAUGGCCCUGAUUAUGGCAGCCAAAUAAGACCCAAGAAAUGAACGCACCCAAAUUUAGGGUUUAACAGAUAUUUUUGAUUUACUAUGAGCGCGCGGUUAAAAGCUCUUAAGAAGUAAUUUAGAGUGAUGUUCGGAUUAUCACAAGUACAAGCGAUUGAAGAGUUGAAAUUGAUUAGUUGUCUAAAGUAAGGCGAAAGAAAUAAAGUUAGUCAAUGGGACAAACUAUAAAUGAUGUUUACCAACAACAUUUCGACUGCAUGAACAUUACUCACACGGCGUACAAUUUGACAACUUUGUUCAGAUGCUAAAUAUUUUUUUUUACGUUUUAUAUUAAACUGCAAAUCCUUGUGGCCGGUGUUCUUUCUUCCUAUAGUUAGUUUGAAUUUUCGUUAACUGUGUAAUUACAAAUGAUGGACAACAACAAUAAAAACGGUACAGGUGUUUGCACUUUUUAAUAAUAAACCACUACUGUAAAUGUCAGCUGGACAAGAGUAUGUAAACUGUCAAAAAUCAAAAAGAACAAUCUAGUUGAUCAUUCACCUCUUAGAAAAUUAAAGGGCACGCAGCUAAACAAAUAAUGUAACAAUAACUUUGAAACAAAAAUAAGCUCUCCAGUUGAGUUGCUGUUUAAGCCAAUCACAACACAAAAACUGGUCAUUUGUCAAUGAUUGGUUGAGAAGAAACAGUAAAAGGCUACUUAACCUCACAGUUUUACUGUCGAGAUAAGGAUAGGUUUGGAGAGACUUUUGGGAUUGAGAUUAGCCAAUACAGCGCCAUGCGUCUCCUGCUGUUUUUUUCUUUUAUCCUAGUCUCAAAAGGAUUCAAAUGGUAGGAUUUCAGUUGACACAAAUUUGUUCAAAACGUUGCAUGCUCGUUCGUAGGUCUCAACUCGAGCCGGAUUAUAAACGGAUCAAAACGUUUUCAUAGGCAUGUUUUUGUCGCAGAUAUUAAUUCAAGUUUAUAAAUAAUGGCAGAACAAUCCAAGUUGCCAUUGCAGCCUUGUUUACUGGAUAUAGGUCGUAAAUGUUGACAAAAUAGUACGAUUAUUACUCUGAAUUUUUUAAAAAGUGAUUUUAUUCUUUUAAGACGUAACACAUUGGCACUGAAGUAACGAAAAUCUGACAAAAGUGCAUUAGUUUUAAAGAAUAUUAUAGCAUAUAUAUUUUUUCUAGGGCCACUUUAAUAAAAAUUUUACAAGUGUAAUUUACAAGUGUGGCCAUUGUUUUAGAGUUUGAAAACAAUAGCUACACUUGUAAAUUACACUUGUAAAAGUUUUAUUAAAUUGACCCCUGCCUUGCCACACCAACCUUACGUGGAGUUUCUUUAUACUUGUGUUCAGUCUGAAAUUAUUUUCUCUUUUAGUAAUGAGAAUGAGAACGAAAAGCAAGUGAUUGUUAUAUCACUUCCCGGUGAAAAAAAUGUUCAGUAUCUUGAGCAGUUACAGAACCUUGCUGAGUUCGCCAUUGAAAUGGACCAGGUGACACAAGGCAGGGAUCAUCUGUUCAUCAUUCACGACAAGUCGGGCCUUAAGUACUUUCAUGGCUACACCUUUGUCAACGCUUACCUCAUUGAAAUGGAUGAGUCACUGGAUAUGUGGAUGAGAGAUUUCCCUCCCACCAUGCCAAACCAACAGAUCCAAUUCACGUACAACCCACAGUAUCUCUCCGAUGUCCAGGCCGAGAAAGAUAGUCUCGCUUUCGAGAAGUUUGCGAGAAUGGUGGGGCUGUCCAAAACUUUGACGCACAGUAAGCUUGUUCUCGAAGGAGGGAACAUUGUGGAAAAUGGAUGUGAUAAAGCCAUUACGACUGCGAGAGCCUUAGACGACAAUCCGGGAGAAAAGGAUUUCAUCGCGGAACUGGAAUAUACUAUUAAAAGAACAGUGGCAGUCCUUCCAGACCCCGGAGAUACUACCGGACAUGCUGAUGGCCUGGUGUCUUUUGUAGAAAGAGAUGUGCUCCUGAUCUCCGAGUUUGAUGACGCCGAUGGAAAAUAUUUUUAUAAAGCCAUGAAAAGAGCUGUUCAUGCCGUUUUUCCAAACCUCUUCAUCGCUCCUUUGCCGUGCUAUAUAAAGAAAAGCACGUCCCAUGGGUUUAGUGCCGCCGAAGGUUCUUACGCCAACUCAUUGGUGACAAACAACGCAGUGUAUAUGCCCUACUUUUCCAGGCAUGAAAGCAACGAAAAGGCCCGUAAGGUGUUCCAGAAGUAUACCUACAAAGACGUGGUUCCCGUGAUAGCUGCUGGAAAAGUGAAUGUUCUUGGGGGCAGUGUACGUUGUAUGACAUGGCAGAUCGACAAAGAUCAUUCAGUGGCUAAGGCAUUGUUUAAAUACGUGGAAAACAAGCGAAAGAGAUCUUUCAUCUGA